AUGUGCCCGGAAAAGAACUCGUUGUCGCGGACGGGCUAUCCCUUACACAUCCACAUACCCGAAAAAGACCGACGACGACGAAUUGAUUGCGUUUCCGGUAGACAUCGACCGAGAACCCUCCCAACCAUUCAGCACGUUGGCAAGUUGAACACACUGAUUGAGGACGAAUGGUAUACAGAAGUGAUUGAUGUUUUGCGCCACCCAGAGAAGUACCAGGCAGGAGAUCCCACAACACUUGAGCGGGCAAAUAACGAGAGAUUACUCAGAAAGGCAGCGAGAUUUAAGCUCGUCGAAGUAGCAUACAUGGAAAGGAACGGCAAGACGAGCCUUUGCGUCCCAAGAAAGACGGUUAAAUGGGUGCUCAACCAUAUACAUGAGCAACACGGCCACUACGCAGCAGGCAUAUGUUUACAAGCAGCCUUCGGAAAAUUCUACUGGCCUACUCGACGUCAAGACAUUCGCACGCACUGCGCAUCGUGCUGGAAUUGCCUUAACGCCAAUGAAACCAUCCCAAAGGCUUCUCCCGAUCCUAACCCAGGAACCAUUUGA